GUUACGAAAGUCCAAAGAUGGAUCUAGAAUUGAUGUAGUACACCUCAAAUACUACAAGUCCAUGGUCGUUCUCACCUCUCAGUCAACCAUCUUAACCAACAAGCAAGCCUUACACUUCCCCUCACAUUUCUUUCCAUCAAUCCUUUGAAACCCCAAAACCCCAAACUCAAACUCCAAAACAUAAACAUGGCUGUUCUGUACAAUUGUUCCCUUUUCUCUAUAGUCUUGGCUGUCUUAAUUACCACCGCAUUAGCAGAGAUCCGAUCCACACAGAUCCGAUCCGAUUCACGUUCUACAAUCCCCUUUGAUGAAUUCGGGUACACCCAUUUUGGCCGUCUUAACCUCACUGUAACCGACAUCACCUUAUCCCACCCGAAAUCCGGACCCGAACCCGUUCCAUCUGAAUUGGGUUUCUUUCUUGUAACACGUGAAGCUUGGCAACAUGUUCUUGAACAACUCCAAGAUGGUGAUAUCAGAUGUACUCUUCACUCUGAUCUUGUUAAAAGGGUUUUAACUUUUGAUCAGUUGCAACCAUCUGUGAAACAAUUCAAUACUUCUUUUAAUGUCGGUGAAGCGAAUCAAUUCACUCUUGUUUUUGCUAAUUGCAUGCCUAAUUUGGAAGUUUCAAUGAAUGUUCAUUCGGUUAUGUAUAAUUAUAACCCGAAAAGUGGGAAUCUUGAUUUUCUGUCUGCAGGCAAGACUGCUCUUCCAGUGAUUUAUUAUUUGUUUUUUGUUGUGUAUGUGUUAAUGGGGGGUUUAUGGGUUUUUGCACUUUACAAGAAAAGGUUAUCUGUUUAUGGGAUUCAUUUCUUUAUGCUUGCUGUUGUGAUCUUGAAAGCAUUGAAUUUGCUGUGUGAGGCUGAGGAUAAAUCGUAUAUUAAGAAGACUGGUACUGCUCAUGGUUGGGAUGUUUUGUUUUAUAUAUUUAGCUUCUUGAAGGGUAUUACUUUGUUCACUUUGAUAGUUUUGAUUGGAACUGGUUGGUCAUUUUUGAAGCCUUACUUGCAAGAUAAAGAGAAGAAGGUUUUGAUGAUUGUUAUACCUUUGCAAGUUGUGGCCAAUCUUGCUCAGGUUGUGAUUGAUGAAACUGGCCCUUUUGGUGAAAAUUCAUACACAUGGAAGCAGGUUUUCUUGCUUGUUGAUAUUGUGUGUUGUUGUGCUGUAUUGUUUCCUAUUGUGUGGUCGAUUAAGAACUUGCGUGAGGCAGCUAAGACUGAUGGCAAGGCUGCAGUGAAUUUGAUGAAGUUGACAUUAUUCAGGCAGUACUACGUUAUUGUGAUAUGUUACAUAUACUUUACAAGAGUUGUGGUUUAUGCGUUGGAGACUAUUACCUCAUAUCGGUAUCAGUGGACUAGUGUGGUGGCUGCUGAAGCAGCAACACUUGCCUUCUAUGUCUUUACGGGUUAUAACUUCAGGCCUAAGACGCACAAUCCAUAUUUUGCGAUUGAUGACGAGGAGGAAGAGGCUGCUUCCGAGGCACUCAAACUUGAAGACGAAUUUGAAUUAUGAGUAUCAUCUUCAGCACUAUGCAGAUACAUUUGAAGAGGCAAAGUUGAUAAUACUCAAUCUCGGAGAAGGUUCUAACAUUUUUGAAAUCAUUGCCUAGUUGUUUGUUCAUUAGUGUGUAUAUCAAUUUACUUGUAAGAGAUAUCUGUUGUGUUUUUAUCUACAUUGUUGCAGUAUUCUAUUCUGCAUUGAAUUGGGAUGUUGGUUAUCAAGUCAAUAAUCUUGGUAUUAGUUUUC